AUGGCUUCUCACGUAGUGGUGAUCGACUCGACGGCUCGAAGAGCCACGGUCAAGACUACCCCCAGCAAGACCCUCAGUGAGGUUUUGGAAGAGGCGUGCGCGAAGUUGGGGGGCAACGCCGCUCAAUAUGGACUGAAACAUAAUAACAAGCCUGUCGAUCUCUCCAGAACCAUUCGCCUCUCAGGUCUGUCCUCAGGCGCAAAACUAGAACUGGUUCAACUCUCCAAAUCCGCCGGGGUCGUCACAAUAGCCCUCCAACUACCGGAAUCAGAAGCAAGAGGAGUCCCCAACGCGAGACUCACAGACAAGUUCCCUAGCUCGACGACGUUAUGGCUGGUGCUCAGAAAGUUCGAGGCCGGCGUCGCGGGUGGAGGUGCUACGGUUACCCGGAAUUUCACAGCCAGAGGGAUACCGUCCGUGAGCCAGGGCAGUGCCGGUGCGGGCAGACUGUACUAUGAACAGCCGGUGAUACAGAUCAUGAGUAGGGAAUUGGCGUCGUUUACGGACUUACAGAAGUCCUUGGCACAGUUGGGUCUCAACAGCGGUUCAGCUCUGUUGAGGUUGAGUUUCCGGCCGACCGAAACCCCGUUAGAAGAGGCCAUGGCUCAGAUACAAAGUUAUUUCGAUUCGGUCGAGGGACCAUCUGUGCAACCGCCGCGCCAACAAGAGGUUCUAUCCACGAGCGAGCCACCGACCGGGUCAUCGGAGACACAACCAGAAUGGAACGAUGAGAGGCCUUCACAGCCUCCUCAAGAAGAAACAUCUAUAUCAGUGCCCUCUCAACCUGAAACGGUGACUUCAUCAACAAGUCGCCCGGUCUCUGUGUUCCGGCCGCCGAGCUCCUCUACUCCGUCUGCCGCCCUCAUAUCUCACAAUGAUGCGGAUUAUACGCCCACCGUUGAACACGCCCAGGUCCACCAAAAACUAUUACAACAGAAUUCAAGAAACGUCCGAUUACCGACAGAAGCCGAGCUUGCGGCUCAAGCCGAAGAAGAAGCGGCCAAAUGGGCCGCCGUGAAGGACGUCGAGAUCAAGGUUCGCUUUCCCGAUCAGAGCGCGGUCAGCGCCAGAUUCGAGCCAGCCGAUACUGCGGCAGAUCUGUACAAUUUUGUGCGAGAGUGUCUAGAAGAGCACUACCGAUCAGAGGCUUUCAUGCUUCGAAAUCCCGGUAUCAGAGGGAAAAACGAAGUCAUUCCAGACGACAGUGGGAAGAAAUUGAUCAGAGAUCUCCAGCUUAAAGGACGAGUCCUUGUCACAUUCCAAUGGGAUGACCACAAAGCCAGCGUUCAAGCGAGAAGUGUCAAGUCUGUGCUGAGGGUGGAGUUGAGGGAACAGGCUCAGGAAGUGAAGGUGCAGGAUCUACCCACUGUGGAUGUCGAGGGCGAUGAGGAUCCGGGCGUCAAGGUCAAUUUGACGACGAAGGAGACAAGCGAAGGGAGCGGAGAGGGUAAGAAGAAGUUGCCUAAGUGGUUGAAGGGCUUGAGCAAGAAAUAG